GCUAUACUUGAUGGAGUUCAUUUUAAUGUGCUGAUUGGGUUAUUAACAAAGCUUGAUGAAUAUAAGAUUCAAACAGAGAUGCAAGUUACUACAGACAAAUCAAUAACCCUCACAAAAUCUAUUAGUAGUAGUCGUGGCCCAAAAGCUCACAAACGUGUCUAA